UGAGGAACCAGGCUAAGCACGGGGCUCUGGCGCUCAGAACAAAAACAGAAAAAGAAAAAGAAAGCGAGAAACAUGAUUGCCUGGGAAAUUGUGCACACGGUCUUCUUGUUCAUGCUUCUUUAUUCUUCCCUAGCCCAAGAUGCGAGCGCCCAGUCUGAGAGCGGGGCGGAGGACAUUCCGGAGGGCGCCUCCACCUUGGCUUUUGUGUUUGAUGUGACUGGGUCUAUGUACGAUGAUUUAGUUCAGGUGAUCGAAGGGGCUUCUAAAAUUUUGGAGACGUCUUUGAAAAGGCCUAAGAGACCUCUUUUCAACUUUGCCUUGGUGCCUUUCCACGAUCCAGAAAUUGGGCCAGUUACAAUCACCACCGAUCCCAAGAAAUUUCAGUAUGAACUCAGAGAGCUCUAUGUUCAGGGUGGUGGUGAUUGUCCAGAGAUGAGCAUUGGAGCUAUAAAAAUUGCCUUGGAAAUUUCUCUUCCUGGCUCUUUCAUCUAUGUUUUUACUGAUGCACGGUCCAAAGACUAUCGGCUUACUCAUGAGGUGUUGCAGCUCAUCCAGCAGAAACAGUCACAGGUGGUAUUUGUCCUCACUGGAGAUUGUGAUGACAGAGGCCACAUUGGAUAUAAAGUCUAUGAAGAAAUUGCCUCCACAAGUUCUGGUCAAGUAUUUCAUUUGGACAAAAAACAAGUGAAUGAGGUUCUAAAAUGGGUAGAAGAAGCGGUGCAGGCCUCCAAAGUUCACCUCUUAUCCACAGAUCAUUUGGAGCAUGUUGCGAACACUUGGCAAAUUCCUUUUGAUCCCAGCCUAAAAGAGGUUACUGUGUCUCUGAGCGGCCCUUCCCCGAUGAUCGAAAUUCGCAAUCCUUUAGGGAAGCUGAUAAAAAAGGGAUUUGGCCUGAACGAGCUAUUAAAUAUCCAUAACUCUGCCAAGGUGGUGAAUGUGAAAGAGCCAGAAGCUGGAAUGUGGACAGUGAAGACCUCCAGCAGUGGAAGGCACUCUGUCCGCAUCACUGGCCUCAGUACUAUUGAUUUCCGAGCUGGCUUCUCCCGAAAACCCACAUUGGAUUUCAAAAAAACUGUCAGCAGACCAGUACAAGGAAUACCUACCUACGUGCUGCUCAACACUUCUGGAAUAUCCAUUCCAGCCAGAGUAGAUCGUCUGCAGCUUCUAAGCAUCGCAGGCAAACCUCUGAAGACCAUACCUGUGAACUAUCACCCAGAUCAGAAACCGUACGGCCUAUGGAAUGUUUCUGAAUUCAUUCCACCAAAUGAAGCUUUUUUCCUUAAAGUCACUGGCUAUGAUAAGGAUGAUUACCUCUUCCAGAGGGUGUCAAGUGUUUCCUUCUCUAGUAUUGUCCCAGAUGCUCCCAAAGUAACAAUGCCCAGGAGAACGCCAGGAUACUACCUGCAGCCGGGCCAAAUCCCUUGCACCGUCGAGAGUCUUCUGCCUUUUACUUUGAGCUUCCUCAGAAACGGAGUUGCACUUGGAGUAGACCAGUAUUUAAAAGAAUCUGCCAGUGUGCACUGGGAUAUUGGAAAGGUCACUUUGUCUGAUGAAGGCUCCUAUGAGUGCAUUGCCAUCAGCAGUGUGGGGACUGGAAGGGCAGAGACUUUUUUUGACGUAUCAGAGCCCCCUCCUGUCAUCCAAGAGCCUGAUAAUGUCACAAUCACUCCUGGAGAAAGAGCAGUUUUGACAUGUCUCGUCAUCAGUGAAGUGGAUUACAAUCUAACCUGGCAGAAAAAUGAUAGAGAUAUUAAACUCAUAGACCCAAUGAGAAUCAAGGUUUUGGCUAACCUCUCCUUGGAGCUCAGAAACGUCAAAAUCAGCGAUGGUGGAGAGUACCGCUGCAUGGCGUCCAGUGAAGGAGGGUCAUCAAGUGCUUCAGCGUUUCUCGUCGUACAAGAAUCUCCCAAAGUCACUGUGAUGCCUAAGAACCAGUCUUUCACAGCAGGCUCUGAGGUCUCCAUUAUGUGUUCGGCAACAGGUUAUCCGAAACCCAAGAUCACAUGGACCAUGAACAACAUGUUUAUCGUGGGUUCACACAGGUAUAGGAUGACCUCAGACGGUACCUUAUUUAUCAGAAAUUCAGUUCCCAAAGAUGCAGGAAUAUAUGGCUGCCUGGCAAGUAAUUCAGCUGGAAUGGAUGAACAAACAUCUUCACUUAGAUUUAUUGAAGCCCCCAAGUUGAAGGUAGUUCAGAGUGAGCUCUUGGUUGCCCUUGGGGAUACAACUGUUAUGGAAUGUAAAACCUCUGGUGUGCCUCCACCUCAAGUUAAAUGGUUCAAAGGAGAUCUUGAGCUAAGGCCCUCGGCAUUCCUCAUUAUCAACCCCUUAUUGGGACAUUUGAAGAUUCAAGAAACACAAGAUCUGGAUGCUGGUGAUUAUACCUGUGUAGCCAUCAAUGAGGCAGGAAGAGCCACCGGCAAGAUAACUUUGGAUGUUGGUUCACCUCCAGUUUUCAUACAAGAACCUACUGAUGUGUCUGUAAACAUCGGCUCUAAUGUGACAUUGCCUUGCUAUGUUCAUGGUUAUCCAGAACCAAGGAUCAAAUGGCGGAGAUCAGAUAGCAUGCCACUUUUCUCAAGACCCUUUUCAGUUAGUUCUGUCAGUCAACUAAGGACGGGGGCCCUCUCUAUUUUCAAUUUAUGGGCAAAUGAUAAAGGAACCUAUAUUUGUGAAGCUGAAAACCACUUUGGAAAGAUCCAAUCCCAGGCAACAAUAACUGUGACAGGACUUGUCGCGCCUCUUAUUGGAAUCAGCCCUUCCGUGGCCAAUGUAAUUGAAGGUCAGCAACUUACUUUGCCUUGUAUUUUAUUGGCUGGGAAUCCUAUUCCAGAACGGCGGUGGAUUAAGAACUCAGCCAUGUUGGUCCAAAAUCCUUAUAUCACUGUGCGCAGUGAUGGGAGCCUCCAUAUUGAACGAGUCCGGCUUCAGGAUGGAGGCGAAUAUACCUGUGUGGCCACCAAUGUUGCUGGAACCAGUAACAAAACCACCUCUGUGGAUGUGCAUGUUCUGCCAACCAUUCAGCAUGGGCAGCAGAUACUCAGCACCAUCGAAGGUAUUCCAGUAAAUUUACCUUGUAAAGCAAGUGGAAUUCCCAAACCUUCCAUCAUCUGGUCAAAGAAAGGAGAGCUGAUUCCCGCCAGCAGUGCAAAGUUUUCUGCUGGUGCUGAUGGCAGUCUGUAUGUGGUGUCACCUGAAGGCGAGGAGAGUGGGGAGUAUGUGUGCACGGCCACCAACGCGGCAGGCUAUGCCAAGAGGAAAGUGCAGCUGACUGUCUAUGUUAGGCCCAGGGUGUUUGGAGACCAGCGGGGACCUUCACAGGAAAAGCCUGUGGAGAUCUCUGUGCUUGCCGGAGAAGAGGUGACCCUUCCCUGUGAAGUGAAGAGCUCACCUCCACCCAUAAUCACCUGGGCAAGAGAGAGCCAGCUCAUCUCUCCGUUCUCUCCGAGACACACGUUCCUGCCAUCGGGAUCAAUGAAGAUCACUGAGACGCGAGUUUCCGACAGUGGGAUGUAUCUUUGUGUUGCCACAAACAUUGCCGGGAAUGUGACUCAGUCUGUUAAGUUAAACGUUCAUGUUCCUCCAAAGAUUCGACGUGGCCCUAAAGUCAUGAAAGUCCAAGUUGGUCAAAGAGUGGAUAUUCCAUGCGAUGCUCAAGGGAUGCCUCAUCCUGUAAUCACCUGGUUCAAAGGCGGGAGUGCUGUGAUGGCUGAUGGAAUGCGGCAUAUUAGUGAUCCAGAUGGAACACUGAGCAUUGACCAAGCCACUCUCUCAGAUGCUGGUGCAUAUACAUGCACUGCUACUAACAUAGCAGGAAAUGAUGAAGCUGAGAUAACCCUACAUGUCCAAGAACCACCUACACUGGAAGAUCUUGAACCUCCAUACAAUACUCCAUUUCAAGAAAGAGUGGCCAAUCAACGCAUUGCUUUUCCAUGCCCUGCAAGAGGUAUGCCAAAACCGACCAUCAAAUGGCUACGUAAUGGUAGAGAGUUGUCAGGCAGAGAGCCGGGUGUAUCUAUCUUGGAAGAUGGCACAUUGUUGGUUAUUGCUGCAGUAACACCGUAUGACAAUGGGGAAUACAUCUGUGUCGCAAUCAAUGAGGCUGGGACUACAGAAAAAAAAUAUAACCUCAAAGUACAUGUUCCUCCAGUAAUAAAAGAUAAAGAUCAAACAACAAAUGUGUCAGUGUUGCUAAAUCAAGCAACCAAUCUCUUCUGUGAAGUUGAAGGUACUCCAGCCCCCAUCAUUAUGUGGUAUCGAGAUGAAGUCCAGGUGACUGAAAGUAAUACUAUUCAGAUCGUGAACAACGGGAAGAUACUGAGGCUCUUUAAAGCCACUCCAGAGGAUUCAGGAAGAUAUUCCUGUAAGGCGAUUAAUGUUGCAGGCACGUCUCAGAAGAACUUUAACAUUGAAGUACUAGUUCCACCCACCAUAAUAGGUGCCAGCUCCCCAAGAGAAGCCUCAGUUCUACUCAACCAUGACACCACCCUCGAAUGCCAGGUCAAAGGCACGCCCUUCCCUGUUAUUCAUUGGUUUAAAGAUAACAAGCCUUUGUUUUUGGGAGACCCUAAUAUUGAACUUCUAGACAGAGGACAAAUUUUACAUCUAAAGAAUGCAAGACGAAGUGACAAGGGACGGUACCAGUGUUCUGUGUCUAAUGCAGCUGGCAAACAAGCCAAGGAUAUAAAACUGACCAUCUAUAUUCCACCCAGCAUUAGAGGGAAUGUCACCACGGAGCUGUCAGCAUUGAUCAACAGUGUCAUUCGACUGGAAUGUGAAACUCGGGGCCUUCCAGUGCCUGCUAUUACUUGGUAUAAGGAUGGCCGGCCAGUCAUGUCCAGCUCACAAACGCUCUAUAUUGACAAAGGACAGUUUCUUCAGAUCCAUCGAGCACAAGUCUCUGAUGCGGCAACAUACACCUGUCAUGUAAGCAAUGUUGCAGGAACUGCUGAAAAAUCAUUCCACGUGGAUGUCUAUGUUCCUCCAAUGAUUGAAGGUGACUUGACCACACCGUUGAGUAAACAAGUCCUGCUUGGCCAUUCCCUGACACUGGAGUGCAAAGCUGCUGGCAACCCUCCUCCUGUUCUCACCUGGUUAAAAGAUGGUGUGCCUGUGAAAGCCAAUGGCAACAUCCACAUAGAAGCUGGUGGGAAGAAGCUCGAAAUCAUGAAUGCCCUGGAAGUCGACCGGGGCCAGUAUGUAUGUGUGGCUACCAGUGUGGCAGGAGAAAAGGAGAUAAAAUAUGAAGUUGAUGUCUUAGUGCCACCAACUGUAGAAGGAGGAGAUGAAACAUCUUACUUCAUUGUGAUGGUUCAUAACUUACUGGAACUAGAUUGCCAAGUGACAGGCUCACCCCCACCAACUAUCAUGUGGCUGAAAGACGGUCAGCCAAUCGAUGAAAGAGACGGAUUCAAGGUUUUACUAAAUGGACGCAAACUGGUUAUUGCCCAGGCUCAAGUGUCAGACACAGGUCUUUAUCGGUGUGUGGCAGCCAACGCUGCUGGAGAGAACAAGAAAGAGUUUGAAGUCACUGUUCAUGUACCUCCCACAAUCAAAUCCUCCGACCUCUCGGAGAGAGCUGUGGUGAAAUACAAGUCUGUCACCCUCCAGUGCAUCGCCAAUGGCAUUCCGCAUCCAUCUAUCACAUGGUUAAAGGAUGGCCAACCUGUGAAUACUGCCCAAGGAAACCUCAAAAUACAGUCUUCUGGUCGAGUUCUACAAAUUGCCAAAGCCCUAUUGGAAGAUGCUGGCAGAUACACAUGUGUGGCUACCAAUGCAGCUGGAGAAACACAGCAUCAUGUUCAACUGCAUGUGCAUGAAGCACCCGGUCUGCAGCAUGCAGGGAAAACACGGAACGAGACAGUGGUGCUGAACAGCCCCGUGCAGCUGGAGUGCAAGGCAGCUGGAAACCCUUUGCCUGCUGUCACCUGGUACAAAGACGGUCGUCCUCUCUCCGGUGCCAGCGUGUCUUUCUUGGACAGAAGGCAGAUUGUUGAUAUUGAAAGUGCCCAGGUCUCAGAUGCCGGCAUCUACGAAUGUGUGGCCGUGAACUUAGCCGGAGCAGCACGGUUACUUUACAAUCUGCAGGUCCACGUGCCUCCAUCGAUUUCUGGCAGCAAUAGUAUGGUGGCAGUGGUGGUUAAUAAUCUGGUGAGAUUAGAAUGUGAAGCCAGAGGUAUCCCUGCCCCGAGUCUCACCUGGUUAAAAGAUGGGAGCCCAGUCUCCAGUUUCGCUAAUGGAAUUCAGGUUCUUUCUGGGGGACGAAUCCUCGCUCUGACCAGUGCCCAGAUCAGUGAUACUGGGAGAUACACCUGUGUGGCAGUGAAUGCUGCUGGGGAGAAACAAAGGGACUUUGACCUCCAAGUGUAUGUUCCACCAAACAUUAUGGGAGAAGAACAGAACAUUUCUGUCCUCAUUGGUCAAGGUGUGGAGCUGCUAUGCCAGAGUGAUGCUAUUCCUCCACCUACUCUGACUUGGUUCAAAGAUGUCCGACCCUUGCUGAAGAAACCAGGCCUCAGUAUCUCUAAAAAUGGAAGUGUCUUAAAGAUUGAAGAUGCACAGGCACAAGACAGUGGUCGUUACACAUGUGAAGCAACAAAUGUUGCUGGAAAAAAUGAGAAAAACUAUAAUGUCAACAUCUGGGUACCACCAAACAUUUAUGGUUCUGAUGAACUUGCUCAACUUACAGUUAUUGAAGGAAACAUUGUUACUCUCUUGUGUGAAUCUAGUGGUAUUCCACCCCCAAAUCUCAUUUGGAAGAAGAAAGGCUCCCCAGUCUUGGCUGAUUUUGCAGGGCGAGUCAGAAUUUUAUCUGGAGGCAGGCAGUUACAGAUUUCAAUUGCUGAAAAAUCCGAUGCAGGACUCUAUACAUGUGUAGCUUCAAAUAUUGCUGGAACCACAAAAAAAGACUACAACUUGCAGGUUUACAUCCGUCCGUCCAUAUCCAGCAGUGGCAGCCAGCCCACUGAGGUGGCUGUGGCUCGAGGGAGGAGUGUUUCCUUGGAGUGUGAGGUGCAAGGUGUCCCUCCACCAGCCGUGACCUGGGUGAAAGAUGGUCGCCCCGUGGCCAAAGGGAAAGGAGUGGAAAUACUAAACGAAGGCCGUGUCCUUAAGCUGAAGAACAUUCAUGUAUCUGAUACAGGCCGCUAUGUGUGUGUGGCUGUGAAUGUCGCAGGAAUGGCUGACAGAAAAUAUGACUUAAGUGUCCAUGUCCCUCCAAGCAUCAUUGGGAACCACGGGACACCUGAAAAUAUCAGUGUGGUAGAAAAGAACUCCAUUUCCCUAACGUGUGAAGCUUCAGGAAUUCCCCUGCCUUCAAUUACCUGGCUUAAAGAUGGGUGGCCUGUCAACCUAAGUACAUCUAUGAGAAUUCUCUCAGGAGGUAGAACUCUACGAUUGAUGCAGACCAGAACAGAGGACACCGGCCAGUAUACGUGUGUCGUUCGGAAUGCAGCUGGCGAAGAAAGAAAAAUCUUUGGACUUUCAGUAUUAGUCCCGCCUCGCAUUGUGGGUGAGAAUAUACUGGAAGAUGUGAAGGUAAAAGAGAAACAAAACACUACACUGACUUGUGAAGUGACAGGGAAUCCAGUACCAGAAAUAACAUGGCACAAAGAAGGACAGCUCCUACAAGAAGAUGAGAGUCAUCACAUUAUGUCUGGGGGCCGAUUUCUCCAAGUAAUCAAUGCCCAAGUGUUCCAUACAGGGCGAUACACGUGUUUGGCAUCUAACACAGCUGGGGACAAGAGCAAAAGUUUCAGUCUGAAUGUGUUCGUAUCUCCUACAAUUGCUGGGGUGGAUCGUGUAGGAAGCCCUGAAGACGUCACUGUUAUUCUUAACAACCCCACUUCUUUGGUCUGUGAAGCUUAUUCAUACCCUCCGGCUACCAUCACUUGGUUUAAAGACGGAGCACCUUUAGAAUCUAACCGAAAUAUUAGGAUUCUCCCAGGUGGCCGGACUCUGCAGAUCCUGAACGCGCAGGAGGACGAUGCUGGGCGGUAUUCUUGCGUAGCCACCAAUGAAGCUGGGGAAAUGAUGAAGCACUAUGAAGUGAAGGUCUACAUUCCACCCAUAAUCAAUAGAGGUGACCUCUUGGGGCCAGGCCUUUCGCCUAAAGAAGUGAAGAUCAAAGUCAACAACACCCUGACAUUGGAAUGUGAAGCCUAUGCCAUUCCUUCUGCCUCCCUCAGCUGGUACAAGGAUGGACAGCCCCUUACAUCGGAUGACCAUGUUAAUAUUGCCGCAAAUGGACACACCCUUCAAAUAAAGGAGGCACAGAUGUCAGACACUGGACGAUAUACUUGUGUAGCGUCUAACAUUGCAGGUGAAGAUGAACUGGAUUUUGAUGUGAAUAUACAAGUUCCUCCAAGUUUCCAAAAACUCUGGGAAAUAGGAAACAUGCUUGACAUGGGCAGGAGUGGUGAAGCCAAGGACGUGAUCAUCAAUAAUCCCAUUUCUCUUUACUGCGAGACAAAUGCCUCACCUCCUCCUACCUUGACGUGGUACAAGGAUGGACAGCCUCUGACCUCAAGCGAUAGAGUGUUAAUUUUACCAGGAGGGCGAGUUUUGCAGAUUCCCCGGGCUAAAGUGGAAGACGCUGGCAGAUAUACAUGUGUGGCUGUGAAUGAGGCUGGAGAAGAUUCCCUUCAGUAUGAUGUCCGUGUACUCUUGCCACCCAUUAUCAAGGGAGCCACUAGUGAUCUCCCUGAGGAGGUCUCCGUGCUGGUGAACAAGAAGGCACUGAUGGAGUGUCUAGCCAGUGGCAGCCCAGCUCCAAAGAAUUCUUGGCAAAAAGAUGGACAACCUCUGUUAGAAGACGGCCAUCAUAAAUUUUUAUCCAAUGGAAGAAUCCUACAGAUUCUAAACACUCAAAUAACAGAUAUCGGCAGGUAUGUGUGUGUUGCUGAGAACACAGCAGGAAGUGCCAAGAAAUACUUUAAUCUCAAUGUUCACGUUCCUCCCAGUGUCAUUGGCCCUAACCCUGAAAAUGUGACUGUUGUGGUGAACAAUUUCAUCUCAUUGACCUGUGAGGUCUCUGGUUUUCCACCGCCUGAUCUCGGCUGGCUCAAGAAUGAACAACCCAUCAGCCCAAACACAAAUGCUCUUAUUUUGCCUGGUGGUAGAACUCUGCAAAUUAUUCGGGCCAGAGUAUCAGAUGGUGGUGAAUAUACUUGUAUAGCUAUCAAUCAAGCUGGUGAAAGCAAGAAAAAAAUUUCCCUGACUGUUUAUGUGCCCCCGAGCAUUAAAGAUCAUGGCAGCGAAUCUCUUUCUGUGAUUACCGUAAGGGAGGGCACGUCCGUGUCAGUGGAGUGUGAGUCCAAUGCUGUUCCACCUCCGGUUGUCAGCUGGUAUAAGAAUGGACUGACGAUAACAGAAUCUAAUCGCCUGGAGAUUUUAUCAGACGGACAAAUGCUGCGCAUCAGGAAAGCUGAGGUAUCUGACACAGGCCAGUAUGUAUGUAGAGCUAUAAAUGUAGCAGGACGAGAUGAUAAAAAUUUCCACCUCAAUGUAUAUGUUCCACCCAGCAUCGAAGGGCCUGGAGAAGAAACCGUUGUUGAGACCAUCAGCAAUCCUGUAACCUUAACCUGUGAUGCCACUGGGAUCCCACCUCCCGCGAUAACAUGGUUAAAAAACCACAAGCCCAUAGAAAAUUCUGGCUCACUUGAAGUUCAUAUUUUGUCUGGAGGUAGCAAACUCCAAAUUGCUCGGUCUCAGUUUUCAGAUAGCGGAAAUUAUACAUGCAUUGCCUCAAAUAUGGAGGGAAAGGCACAGAAAAAUUACAUGGUUUCAAUUCAAGUUCCUCCAAGUGUUACUGGUGCGGAAAUGCCAAGCGAAGUUGGAGUCCUUCUUGGGGAAAAUGCUGAGCUGGUGUGCCAUGCAAGUGGCAUUCCUACUCCCGUUAUCCAAUGGCUCAAAGACGGAAAACCCUUGGCCAGUGGUGAAACACAGAGAAUACGGGUGACUCCAGACGGCAGCGCAUUAAACAUCGACGGCGCUCUCGAAACUGACAUGGGGAAAUAUACAUGUGUCGCUAUAAAUCCUGCAGGAGAAGAGGACCGGAUGUUUAAUUUGAACGUCUAUGUUCCACCUGUAAUCAGGAGUAAAAAAGAAGAAGCAGAGAAACUAAUGACUGUGUUGGAUACGUCAAUAAAUAUUGAAUGCAGAGCCACAGGGACGCCUCCACCACAGAUCAAUUGGCUGAAAAAUGGACUUCCACUGCCUCUCUCCUCCCAUAUCCGGCUACUGUCAGGAGGGCAGGUCAUCAGGGUGGUGAGAGCUCAGGUGUCCGAUGUCGGGGUGUACACUUGCGUGGCCUCCAACAGAGCUGGGGUGGACAAUAAGCUUUACAGCCUUCAGGUUUGGGUACCACCAAAUAUGGACAAUGCUAUGGGAACAGAGGAAAUCACAAUUGUCAAAGGCAAUCCCACCUCAAUGACAUGCUUUACAGAUGGAACUCCACCACCCAGUAUGUCCUGGCUUAGAGAUGGCCAGGCUUUGGAGCUUGACUCCCAUUUGACAGUAAACACCCAAGGCAUGGUCCUUCAGAUCAUUGAGGCAGAGACUGAAGAUUCAGGAAGGUACACCUGCAUUGCUUCAAAUGAAGCUGGAGAAGUCCGCAAACAUUUCAUACUGAAGGUCCUGGAGCCACCUCAUAUUAAUGGAUCUAAAGAAUCUGAAGAGAUAUCAGUGAUUGUGAAUAAUCCAGUUGAACUUACCUGCUCUGCUUCUGGAAUACCAGCUCCUAAAAUUAUGUGGAUGAAAGAUGGGAGACCCCUGGCACAAACAGAUCAGGUUCAAACCGUAGGAGGAGGAGAGGUUCUUCGAAUAUCUAGUGCUCAAGUAGAAGAUACAGGAAGAUACACCUGUCUGGCUUCCAGUCCUGCAGGAGACGAUGAUAAAGAAUACUUAGUGAGAGUGCAUGUACCCCCUAAUAUCGCUGGAACUGAUGAGACCCAGGAUUUCAGUGUGUUACAGAAUAGACAAGUGACAUUGGAAUGCAAAUCGGAUGCAGUGCCCCCACCUAUAAUCACAUGGCUCAAAAAUGGGGAACAAUUACAGGCAACGCCUCGAGGACGAAUACUAUCUGGAGGGAGAUACUUUCAAAUUAAUAAUGCAGAGCUAAGUGACACGGCCAAUUACACUUGUGUGGCCAGCAACAUUGCAGGAAAGAUGACAAGAGAAUUUAUUCUCACUGUAAACGUUCCUCCAGACAUAAAGAGUGGCUCCCAGAGUCUUGUCAUUCACGUCAAUAAGUCAGUUGUAUUGGAGUGUCAUGCUGAAGGUGUGCCAACCCCGAGAAUAACAUGGAGAAAAGAUGGAGUUAUCCUAGCCGGGAAUCAUGCAAGGUACUCCAUCUUGGAAAAUGGAUUCCUUCUUAUCCAAUCAGCACAAGUCACUGAUGCAGGGCGGUAUUUGUGUAUGGCUACCAAUGCUGCUGGAACAGACCGCAGGCGCAUAGAUUUACAGGUCCAUGUUCCUCCAUCUAUUGCUCUGGGUCCUACCAACAUAACCAUCACAGUAAAUGUUCAAACAACUCUGGCUUGUGAGGCUACUGGAAUACCAAAACCGUCAAUCAGUUGGAGGAAAAAUGGUCAUCUUCUCAGUAUAGAUCAAAAUCAGAAUUCAUACAGACUUCUGUCUUCAGGUUCACUAGCCAUUCUUUCCCCUUCUGUGGAUGAUACUGCAAGCUAUGAAUGCACUGUGACCAACGAAGCUGGAGAGGAUAAGAGAACCGUAGACCUCCAUGUACAAGUUCCACCAUCCAUAGCUGAUGAACCUACAGACUUGCUGGUAACCAAACAUGCCCCAGCACUAAUUACGUGCACUGCGUCCGGAGUCCCAGUUCCCUGGAUCCACUGGAACAAAAACGGUAUCAGACUGCUUCCCAGGGGGACCGGCUAUAGACUCCUGUCCUCAGGAGCAAUUGACAUAUUUGCCACCCAGCUGGACCAUGCUGGAAGGUACACCUGCAUCGCUAGAAAUGCAGCUGGCUCCGCUCACCGACAUGUGACCCUUCGUGUCCAAGAUCCCCCAGUCAUUCAGCCACAGCCAAGUGAACUAGAUGUCAUUCUAAACAAUCCCAUUGUACUACCUUGUGAAGCAACUGGGACGCCCAGUCCUUUCAUUACUUGGCAAAAAGAAGGCAUUAAUGUUAUUACUUCAGAGGGAAAGCACGCAGUUCUUCCCAACGGCGGCUUGCAGAUCUCCAGAGCUGUCAGAGAGGAUGCUGGCACCUACAUGUGUGUGGCCCAGAACCCAGCUGGUACAGCACUGGGCAAAAUUAAGUUAACUGUUCAAGUUCCUCCAGUCAUUAGCUCCCACCCGAAAGAAUAUGUCACGGCCGUGGAUAAGCCCGUCAUGCUACCAUGUCAGGCAGUUGGCCUCCCACACCCCGACAUUACGUGGCAUAAAGACGGACAUGCAGUUGUGGAAUCCGUCCGCCAGCGCACGCUCAGUUCUGGAGCUCUGCAAAUAGCCUUUGCUCAGCCUGGAGAUGCUGGCCAGUACACCUGCACGGCAGCGAAUGUGGCGGGAUCAAGCAGCGCCCACACCAAACUCACGGUCCAUGUACCACCCAGAAUCCGCAGUACAGAAGUGCACUACACCGUCAAUGAAAACUCACAAGCCAUCUUUCCCUGCGUGGCUGAUGGAAUCCCCACACCAACUAUUAACUGGAAAAAAGACAAUGUUCCUUUAGCUGACUUAUUAGGAAAAUACACUUCAGAACCAUAUGGAGAACUCAUAUUGGAAAAUGUUGUGCUGGAGGAUUCUGGCACCUAUACCUGUGUUGCUAACAAUGCUGCAGGUGAAGAUACACACACUGUCAGCCUGACUGUACAUGUUCUCCCCACCUUCACUGAGCUUCCUGGAGACGUGUCAUUAAAUCAAGGAGAACAACUACGAUUAAGCUGUAGAGCAACUGGUGUUCCUUUGCCCAAGUUAACAUGGACUUUCAAUAACAACAUUAUUCCAGCCCACUUUGACAGUGUCAAUGGACACAGUGAACUUGUUAUUGGAAGAGUGUCAAAAGAGGAUUCAGGUACUUACGUGUGCACCGCAGAGAACAGCAUUGGUUUUGUGAAGGCCAUUGGAUUUGUUUAUGUCAAAGAACCCCCAGUCUUCAAAGGUGAUUACCCUUCCAGCUGGAUUGAGCCACUUGGUGGCAAUGCAAUCCUGAACUGUGAAGUUAAAGGAGACCCUGCCCCAACCAUCCAGUGGAGCAGACAGGGGUUAGAGAUCGAAAUUAGCCACAGAAUCCGGCAACUCGGCAAUGGUUCCCUUGCCAUUUACGGCACUGUUAACGACGAUGCUGGUGACUACACCUGUGUAGCCACCAACGAGGCGGGGGCGGUGGAGCGCAGCAUGAGUCUGACCUUGCAAAGUCCUCCUAUUAUCAUUCUUGAACCAGUGGAAACUGUUGUCAGUGCUGGUGGCAAAGUCGUUUUGAAUUGUCAGGCAACUGGAGAGCCUCAUCCAACCAUUUCAUGGUCUCAUCAAGGGCGUCCCAUUCCCUGGGAUGACAGAAUCCAUAUGUUAUCCAACAACUCCUUGUAUAUUGCUGCAGCUCAGAAAGAAGACACCUCUGAAUAUGAAUGUGUUGCUCGAAACAUGAUGGGCUCUGUCCUUGUCAGGGUACCUGUCAUAGUCCAAGUUCAUGGUGGAUACUCCCAGUGGUCUGCCUGGAGAUCCUGCAGUGUCACCUGUGGCAAAGGGAUCCAGAAGAGGAGCCGUCUGUGCAACAAUCCCCUUCCAGCCAAUGGUGGGAAGUCUUGUCAAGGUUCAGACUCAGAGAUGCAAACCUGUCUGAAUAAGCCAUGUCCAGUGGAUGGUAGUUGGUCAGAAUGGAGUUCUUGGGAAGAAUGCACAAGGACCUGUGGACACGGAAACCGAACCAGAACAAGAACUUGCAAUAAUCCCGCGGCACAGCAUGGAGGGCGGCGCUGUGAAGGGAAUGCCGUGGAAAUAAUCAUGUGCAGCAUCAGACCCUGCCCAAUUCACGGAGCAUGGAGCCCUUGGCAGCCCUGGGGUGCGUGCAGUCAAAGUUGUGGCAAAGGUACCCAGACAAGAAGGAGGCUGUGCAAUAACCCACCCCCUUCAUUCGACGGAUCCCACUGCAAAGGAGCAGAAACACAAAUGCAAGUUUGCAAUGAAAGGCUCUGUCCAGUUGAUGGCAAGUGGGCGACAUGGGCCAGCUGGAGUGCCUGCACUGUGUCUUGUGGAGGAGGUGCCAGGCAAAGGACGAGGGACUGUUCUGACCCUGCUCCACAGUACGGAGGAAGCAAAUGUGAAGGCAGUGAUGUCCAGAGCGAUUUUUGCAAUAGUGACCCUUGUCCAACUCAUGGUCACUGGAGUCCGUGGAGCGGCUGGGGGAUGUGUAGCCGGAAGUGCAGCGGAGGGCAAAUGCGGCGCUACCGCACAUGUGACAACCCUCGUCCCUCCAAUGGAGGGAGAGCUUGCGGGGGGCCCGACUCCCAGAUCCAGAGAUGCAACACUGACAUGUGCCCUGUCGACGGAAGUUGGGGAACCUGGCACAGUUGGAGCCGGUGUUCGACCUCUUGUGGAGGAGGAGAGAAAACUCGGAAACGCUUGUGUACCAAUCCAGCCCCAUCUAGACACGGCCGCCCCUGUGCGGGAGAUGCUACGCAGGUAUCCAGAUGCAGUGUUCAAGCAUGUCCAGGUGGACCACAGCGAGCCCGAGGAAGUGUAAAUGGAAAUAUUAAUGAUGUUGAAUUUGGAAUUGCUUUUCUUAAUGCCACAGUCACAGAUAGCCCUAACUCUGAUACUAGAAUAAUACAUGCCGAAAUUACCAAUGUCCCUCGAAGUCUUGGUCCAGCAAUGAGAAAGAUCGUUUCUAUUUUAAACCCUAUUUAUUGGACAACAGCAAAGGAAGUCGGCGAGGCCGUCAAUGGCUUUACCCUCACGAAUGCGGUCUUCAAGAGAGAAACCCAAGUUGAAUUUGCAACGGGAGAGAUCUUGCGGAUGACUCAUGUUGCCAGGGGCUUAGAUUCCGAUGGUGCCUUGCUGCUGGACAUCCUCCUGAGUGGCUAUGUGCUGCAGCUGCAGUCACCAGCUGACGUCACUGUAAAGGAUUACACCGAGGACUACGUUCAAACAGGCCCCGGGCAGCUGUACGCCUACUCAACCCGCUUGUUCAGCGUGGAUGGCAUCAGCGCGCCCUAUACAUGGAACCACACCAUUCUCUAUGACCAGGCACACGCAAGAAUGCCCUUCUUGGUGGAAACGCUCCAUGCAUCCUCUGUGGAAUCGGACUAUAACCAGUUAGAAGAGACCUUGGGCUUUAAAAUACAUGCCUCAAUUUCCAAAGGCGACCGAAGUAAUCAGUGCCCCUCGGGUUUUGUCCUAGACUCAGUUGGACCCUUUUGUUCUGAUGAAGAUGAAUGUGCAGAGCGGAAUCCUUGCUCUCACACCUGCCACAAUGCCAUGGGGACCUAUUAUUGCUCCUGCCCAAAAGGCCUCACUAUAGCUGUGGAUGGAAGGACUUGUCAAGAUAUUGAUGAGUGUGCUUUGGGUGGACACACUUGCCACCUGGGCCAGGACUGUGACAACACCAUUGGAUCCUAUCGCUGUGUGGUGCAUUGUGGAAUCGGCUUUCGGAGAACCUCUGAUGGGCUGAGUUGUCAAGAUAUUAAUGAAUGUCAGGAAUCCAGCCCUUGUCAUCAACGCUGUUCCAAUACCAUAGGAAGCUUCCACUGUGGGUGUGGACCUGGUUAUCAACUGAAGGGCAGAAAAUGCAUGGAUGUGAAUGAAUGUAGACAGACUGUGUGCAGACCAGAUCAGCACUGCAAGAAUACCCGGGGGGGCUAUAAGUGCAUUGAUCUUUGUCCAAACGGCAUGACCAAGGCAGACAAUGGCACCUGCAUUGAUAUUGACGAAUGUAAAGAUGGGACUCAUCAAUGCAGAUAUAACCAAAUAUGUGAAAAUACAAGAGGCAGCUAUCGUUGUGUGUGUCCGAGAGGUUAUCGGUCUCAAGGAGUGGGAAGACCCUGUCUGGACAUUAAUGAGUGUGAUCAAGUGCCUAAACCUUGUGCACAUCAGUGCUCCAACACCCCCGGCAGCUUCAAGUGUAUCUGUCCCCCAGGACAACAUUUAUUAGGGGACGGGAAAUCUUGCGCUGGAUUGGAGAGGUUGCCCAGUUAUGGCACGCAGUACAAUAGCUAUCACCUCGCGAGGUUCCCCCCUGUGAGAAACAACUAUCAACCGCAGCAGCAGUACAGCCAACACUCACAUCUCUACAGCUCCUACUCAGAGUAUAGAAACAGCAGGACAUCUCUCUCCAGGACUAGACGGACUCUUAGGAAAACUUGCCCAGAAGGCUCUGAGGCGAGCCUUGACGCAUGUGUAGAUGUUGAUGAAUGUGAACACCGAGAUGCCUGCCAGCAUGAGUGUAAGAAUACCUUUGGGAGUUACCAGUGCAUCUGCCCACCUGGUUAUCAACUCAUGGUGAAUGGGAAGACUUGUCAAGAUGUUGACGAAUGUCUGGAGCAGAAUGUGCACUGUGGCCCAAAUCGAAUGUGCUUCAAUACGAGAGGAAGCUACCAGUGCAUCGAUACACCCUGCCCACCCAACUACCAACGGGACCCUCUUUCAGGGCUCUGCGUCAAGAACUGUCCACCCAAUGACCUGGAAUGUGCCCUGAGCCCAUACGCCUUGGAAUACAAGCUGGUCUCCCUCCCCUUUGGAAUCGCUGCCAAUCAAGAUUUAAUCCGGCUGGUUGCUUACACGCAGGAUGGAGUGAUGCAUCCCAGGACAACGUUCCUCAUGGCAAAUGAGGAACAGACCGUUCCCUUUGCCUUAAGGGAUGAAAACCUGAAAGGAGUGGUGUAUACAACACGGCCACUUCGAGAACCCGAGACCUACCGCAUGAGGGUUCGAGCCUUAUCCUACAGUGCAAACGGGACCAUUGAGUAUCAGACCACAUUCGUUGUCUAUAUAGCUGUGUCUGCCUAUCCAUACUAAGAAGCUCGCAAGCCCUAAUCUGUACGUUUAAACUGCAUGAAUCCUGGGCCUCAAGUCCCCUUCCCGAUUAUUGUCUCCCGAGCAGCUGCGAUCUUGGCCACUUGGAACUGGUGCUGUGCUCUGCUCUGUGGGCCCUCCUCGGUACUGCUGAGGUGUUUUCAUUAUCCCACCGUGGUCCUGUCCUGCAAUAAGGUCUAGAACAUUCCCUUCUUAUUUUCUUUAUUUAUUACACUGGAGCAGUUCCUUUCCAAAGAUGGUCCUGAGCAUCCAAGAAGAGACAUCAGCAAUACUUCAUGGCAACAAAGCAGCCCGAGUGGAUUCUCCUUAACCAAACCAACAACGUCAGAGAUUAAGUGGGUUUUUUCACCCUUUCGAGAUUAAUGAAACUGGUUGUUAUGUGUUCUAACCAAAGCUUAUUAAAUAGCUUAGAAAGUGGCUUCUUCUUGCGAUAUUAAUACUUUGUAAUCAGAUUUACACACCUAUUUUCAAGUUAAGGGCAAUAUGAAACACCGCUCGUGGUUCAGCCACUAAAAGGAUUGUUUUGGCCCCUGAUUGCGGGUUCAUAAGAAAGAUACUGUUGCCAAUGGUUUCGUGAAAGCAGCCCAAUCAUUUACAGUAGAGAAAAUACAAUUUGGUCUAAAGACAAGAUUCAUAGCACACAUCUUACCGCCAGCAUUCUGGUAUAAACUACCAUUCAUUUAUUUAGCUCCAAAACUUUUACAUUCCAACUUUGUAAUGAUUUUUUUUUUUUUUUUUUUUGUCAAUUGAGAAGAAUUUGAAGUAUCAAUGAGACAGUUUUUUUUUUCUUGGAAAAAUCUCACACAUUCAAAUUAGCAUAAAGGUUAAACGUCAAUACACUGUACAUGGUGGUAACAAACUCUGGAAGCAAUUGCCAAGAUGUAUUCUAUUUUUAUGAAAUGUAUAUAUAUUACCUUAGUGUGUAUUUUCUAUACAAUAUCCUGAUGGACUGUUUAAUAAAAUUAUUCUCUCCAAAGAAAGCACCAAUGUAAUGAUGAAACCAAUCUAAAUAAAAUUUUCACAUUCUUUUUAGUAA